AUGGGUGAGAAACACGCUAGACGCUGCCAGAGCUGUUCUGAGCGGCAUUGUAAGCCCAGAAAGAAGUCUUCACAUCGACAAAAGGAACGCUAUGUGAGGGCCUGGGUGAACGAUGUUCAGUCGCCGCGGAUGGACGAGAGCAACCAUCGCAGUCGCCGACACCGUCAUUUUGACGAUAGUUUUGAGGUCAGCGAGGACUCCUACGACGAAAGGGAAGAACAGCCCCGGGAGCCGUCGGCAUCAAGGAGGCACCAUUGCGAGAACCAUCACAAGCACAAACACCAUCGAGAACAUCGACGACAGCCGUCUCAACAGCCGCAGUCACAAGAGCAACAGCAGCAGCAGCAGCAGCAACAACAACAACAAUCAGCAGAGGAACUUGAACAGCAGAGGCGAACGAGAGAACAGUUAGAAAUGCUGAAACGUACAUCACUGAAAGAGUUUGGGGAAUUGGGACGUCAGAUGCGCAGGGCCAUGUCUUUGAGACGAUCGGGUAAGUGGGACGCUCCAAUGAAAUGGGGAUCUGUACCUGCGCCUAUCGGUCGUCGUAAGGGUCGAGUGAAGUAA